CGGGAGUUUCAAGGACCUGUAGUCGCACCCGUCCGAUAGUCCCGGCCACUCAUAUCUCCUUCCUACCAACUCAGUGCAUCAGGGACUGCAUCUCGACAAGCAAUGGUUUCCGAAUACGUGAGUCGAUCCUGCCUACGAGUACUAGCAUCACAUGUGGAAGGCAUAUAGAUGGCUAUAUUGGGCGUAUCAAAAAGUUCCUUACGAUACCGCCACCGCUCCCUCUGGACUUGUGUCGCCAUACUUUGCGCGUUUAAAAGGUUCUUCCAGCCAGCUACUAGGAGAAUUUCUGGUCAGGCAAUCACCGAGAGAUGUCUGGCCUGAGCUUGCGCCCUGCCCGUUUCGCGGCACGGCGGUCGCUUCCCCCGCCGUUCAUUCCCGCUGCACAACAAUAUCGGACCCACUGUACAUCAAUUGACGAUCGGAGGCGGUAUUGGAGUCGGCUCGCCCCGUGGAAGGAUGUGUCGUCCGAGGAGUUCACCAGCUACAGAUUCCAGCUCCGGAAUACCAUCGUUGGCGCGCCCAAACUCUACAAGUUCCUCUCGGACGUACUUCCGGAUACUCUCGCACCAUCGAGAAACCCUCUUCUUCAGUAUAUCAAAACGAGGGAUGACUUCAUCGACGAUGCGAUAGCGGGCCUGAAACUUGCGCCCAUGGCUAUUCGAUUGACGCCGCAGAUAUUGUCUCGGGUUAACUGGGGGAGCCCUCUCGACGACCCAAUUCGUCGCCAGUUCCUGCCCCUCAAGAGUGGAAUCAUUCCUGAUCACGAGCAGUUAACGCUAGAUAGCUUGCACGAAGAGGAAGACAUGGCGGUCACCGAAGAUGGAGCAACUGUUCCUGGUCUGGUUCAUAGGUAUCCUGGCAGAGCCUUAUUCUUAGCCACCUCGAUCUGCCCUGUAUACUGCAGGUUCUGCACACGAUCAUAUGCGGUUGGCGCGAACACCGAAGCCGUAUCAAAGUCGCCCCAGAAACCGAGCCGGAAACGAUGGGAGCUCGUCUUCCAGCACAUUGAAAAGGAACAGAGUUUGCAGGACAUUGUCGUCUCUGGGGGAGAUGCGUACUAUCUCCAACCCGAAGCCCUCAAGGAGAUUGGCGAACGUUUGCUCAGUAUCCCGCACAUGCGACGCAUACGCUUCGCGUCGAAAGGCUUGGCGGUGGCUCCUGGCCGCAUUCUCGACAAGGAGGAUGCGUGGACGAGUACUCUGAUAGACCUCUCCAACCUCGGCCGCCAGAUGGGAAAGCAAGUGUGCCUUCACACACACUUCAACCACCCGAACGAGAUUACGUGGAUCACCCACGAUGCAGCAAACUAUCUCUUCAAGCACAGUGUCAUUGUGCGCAACCAGUCCGUGCUGCUUAAGGGCGUCAACGACGACCUUGAGACGAUGGGGAACCUCAUCAAGGCGCUCGCCGAUAUCAAUAUCCAACCUUACUACGUCUACCAAUGCGACAUGGUGCGCGGCAUCGAAGAUCUGCGAACACCUCUACGGACAAUCCUCGACCUCGACAAAACCAUUCGAGGCACCUUCUCGGGUUUCAUGAUGCCAUCAUUUGUUGUCGACCUACCCGGCGGCGGUGGGAAACGCCUCGCUUCCACUGUUGAGGAGUACGACGAAGAAAAUGGGAUUUCGUACUGGCAAGCGCCCGGUCUACCAGGCAAGAAGGGAAAGCAGACCUACGUAUACUACGACCCUCGUCCACAACCUACAAACGCUGAAGCCGUGCAAAGCGUACACAACCAGGGACUGCAUUCGGACCAAGCGCACAGCUCCAUUCCGGUUGCAGACACCAGCAUAGCUCCUCUGGAAGACCAUCCCGAAGGGAAUCACGGAAAGCAGGCCGCUAGCGCCGCCGGCUGAGUCCAUCGAACGCUCGAUGGGAAUGGAGACUAGCUUCCCUUCAUAACGGCCGACAAGUUUGCAUUAGCGUGGUAUUUGGGAAGAGUGGUAACCGCUGAUGAAUUACUCCUUCAUUCCCGCAUCAUGCCUUACAACUCUCCAUCGCGGCCUCAUGUAAGCUAG